UCUAUCAGUGAGUCUGUAAUCGGCGUCCGUUUCGAUGGCUUUCCAUUCAAUCACUCAUUCAUUGAAUUAAUGUUUUGUUUUAAAUUCAAUUCAAAGUUGUUUUCAAUUUUGGUUUUGAUUUAAUUUUUGAGUUUAUUUUUUUUUGGACCGAAAGACACGACUGUUUCGCAAACUCUUUGGGAAAUGAGUUUCUCGUCGGACGAGGUAAACUUCUUGGUUUACCGAUACCUUCAAGAGUCGGGUUUCAGUCACUCGGCGUUCACUUUCGGCGUGGAGUCACACAUCGCUCAGUCCAACAUCAAUGGAGGACUCGUACCGCCGGCCGCCCUCUUGUCCAUCAUUCAGAAGGGC